UACCACAGAGCCACUGAGCUUCGAUUCCAAGUUCUGCUUCCCCAACCCCGUAUAGUGCACUCCCACCUUCUCUCUCUCCCUCAAUGUUUCGCAGAUUCCUCGCCACCUCUCUCUCUCGCUCCUCCCCUCCUCCCCUCCUCCACCUCCGCCCCAAAAUCCUCCAAACCCCCAACUCCCUCCUCCGGCCCUACCCAAAACCCAACCCCUCACUUCCCCCCAACACCCGAUCCUUAUCCUCCCAUAUGGGCGACGCCCGCCGACCCGAUUCGGUUCCCAUUCCCCACAUCGAAAAAGCCGACCGCUCCGAGCUCGUCCGCGCUCUGGAGGCCUCUCUGGGCUCGGCAUUCAGCUCCGAGCCGCUCUGGCCCAGCCCCAGCCCCCUAAUCAUCGUCAUCAGCGGCCCCAGCGGCGUCGGGAAGGACGCCGUCAUAAAAAAGCUCAAGGAUUCCAACGAGAACUUGCAUUUCGUGGUGACGGCGACGACCCGCCCAACGCGGCUCGGCGAAGUUCACGGCAAAGAUUACUACUUUGUGAGCAAAGAGGAGUUUUUGACAAUGGUGGAAAGGAACGAGCUUCUGGAGUACGCGUUGGUGUACGGGGACUACAAGGGGAUCCCCAAACAGCAGAUUAGGGAGGAAUUGGGGAAAGGGUACGACAUCGUUUUGAGGGUCGACAUCCAGGGUGCUCAGACACUGAGGAAGAUUCUUGGGAAUUCGGCCGUUUUCAUAUUUUUGAUGGCAGAGAGUGAGGCCAAGCUUGUGGAGAGGCUGAUUGAUCGAAAAACCGAGACAAGGGAGUCGCUUCUUGUGAGGGUUGCCAUGGCUAGGGAGGAGGUGAAGCAUGUUAAGAAUUUCGAUUAUGUUGUGGUGAAUGCGGAGGGGAGGUUGGACAAUGCGGUUAAGUUGGUGGAGUCCAUUAUCGACGCGGAGAAAGCUAAGGUGCAGCAGAAGAGGUCUGUGAUAUAGCUGUGGAGGUAAAUGUGGUAGCGGGUCCAAUUUGUGUUUUUCAAGUUUAAUUUUAGUUUUAAAUUGUUCAAUUUGAAUGGAUUAGUUUCGCGUGUGGAAGAAUGCACGCAAUGAUCCGAGUUCUAAUGGUUUUGUAGGAAGUUGUUUAGUUUGUGACAAUUGGAAUGUGAAGUUUAGAACUUAGGAAAAUCGACUGCUUUAAGUAGUUGCAGUUCACAGAAUCACAUUGUGUUACAUCAUUUUUUGCAGUCAUCGUGUCUUUUAAAUGCGAUAUAUUAAAACAAUUUGCUCAAGAAAUCGGAACCAAGCUAUUAUCUUUAUCGAAGUUCUCUUUAUUAAGCAUGCAUCCGCACAAGUGAUCCUUAAUCGUACAAUGUUAGAUAUGGUCGGACUUGAUGCACUAAGUAAUGAAAGAACAAAAUAUUCAGGUUCGUUGAAGAUGUUUAUGGCACGAACUUUUAGUAAAAUGAGUUCGUUACGAGAUAAGCAUUAAGAAGUGACAUUCUUUUUCUUGCUAUACAACUCUUUGAUAACUAAUGUGCUCCAUACUGAACCAAAAUGCUUCACUUCACACUGGCUUUGCUGGUUUAAGAUACAUUUGUAACAACUGACUCAUCUGUUAGCCAACGUUUACAGAAGUCCUGGUUUUGUAUAUUAGCCGGACAUUUAAACAGGUGAAUUGGAGAAAUCAACCUAUAUUAGCUUGGCAUGUUUAGAGUGAAAUCUGGUAUCGAUCUCCUUGCUAUCAGAUAUCAUUUAUGGCCAUCAAAAGGUCAAACCAUGUGUGCUCAACCUGCCUCUUCCCCAUGUUUUGCCCAACUGGUUCAAAGAGUUUAUCUGGUUUUGUUUGUCAAUUUUGUGUUUUGCAAUAUAUAGACGGCUAUGUUUCAUGAUGAUGUUAAAGUGGUUAAGUUCAUAAUUCAACCCUACCCCGUUGUCAUCUCUUUGUUUGUCUUAAAUUUUAUUGAUUUAAGCGCUGACGUUUGCUAACAUUGACUUCCUCUAGCCAUCCUGUAGCUUAACAAGCUUCCAGGUACAAUUAAGUUUUUUCUACUUUUAGCUGGAAUUUGGCUAAGAGAGGGACCUGAAGUGCCUAGUACUGCUUGUUUUUGCUGCAUUCUGCUUGUUGUGAAAAGGCCUGAGAACGUUGUCAUAUCAGUUGGUACAUUAAAAGCCCCUCGGGAAGAUUGGUCAUGACCUAGCUCCCUAGCACAGCCAAAUUAGGUAGCAGAAUUUGAUCAAGUUGUCUAAAGUAUGUCUUCUUCCCUAGCACAGCCAAAUUAUCUUACUCAAGCAUCUGCCCUCCUAAACCUACUACCACCAACAUUUGAACACACCUAAUCCACAGGGACUCAUUCAACGCCCAGCACUUUAAACUUGAAAUCUACCCAAAACAGCAGACUCAUUCAAUACCCAAUUCUUAAAUGUUGCUUCCAAUAGUCAUUCCACUAUUACGGAAAGAUUACCUAAAACUUAGAUGCAACUGUGACGGUAUCCCGAAACAAUUAAAUACUUGAUUGGUUUGGAUUACAACUAAAGUGGCGUCCCAGUUGCAGGUAAGCUCUUCUCGGUAUUUUGUUUUCUCAUUGAUCAUACAACAUUCUUUUUUUCCUUCUCUCUGCUAUGAGUUAUUUUCUAUUAAAUGUGCUAAAUUGUUUCAGGCUUGCAGGAUUGAUUGCAGGUUUACAUUGUUUAAGGACCAAGCAGAAACAAGAAUGUUCUGAUGUAGAUAAAAAAA